CUUGAGGCACUUGAAGAGGGAUCACUGACCAUCUCUCCGCACGAGGCCCUUUCGUCUGCUGGCAGGACUCCCUUCGAAUAUUUCGAACGCCCGAAUGGCAUAUACCCAGACACUGAGCCCUCAGUCGAUGCACCAGCAGUACCGUGACGUUCACACGUCGGGUUCACCAAUACACCACCCACGGCAGCCGUCGAAACAGCGAUUCGUUGCAGAGCUAUCGCAAUGCCUGUUCGACUUUGUCAUCCAGCUGCUCCCUACCGCAGAAGAAAUGGCCGUAAAGGAGGAUGUGCGCAAGCUGCUGGAGAGACUCAUUCGCACGAUCGAGCCGGACAGUAGACUCUUAUCCUUUGGGAGCACUGCAAACGGAUUCAGCCUUCGGAAUUCUGACAUGGACCUUUGCUGUCUCAUCGAUUCCGACGAACGUUUGGCCGCUUCCGACCUUGUAACCAUGCUAGGCGACCUUCUUGAGCGUGAAACCAAAUUCCACGUCAAGCCUCUACCCCAUGCUCGAAUACCAAUCGUUAAACUCACCCUCGAUCCAUCACCAGGUUUACCCUUGGGAAUUGCUUGUGACAUAGGUUUCGAGAACAGGCUGGCGUUGGAAAAUACACGACUACUCAUGUGCUACGCCAUGAUAGACCCAACGCGUGUCCGAACACUGGUAUUAUUUCUCAAAGUGUGGAGUAAACGCCGGAAAAUAAACUCUCCCUACAAGGGUACCUUGUCAUCCUAUGGAUACGUUCUCCUUGUAAUCUACUUCCUCGUCCACGUCAAAAACCCCCCAGUAUUACCAAAUCUUCAGCAAAUGCCCCCUCUACGUCCAAUUUCGAAGGAAGAUACUCAUCUAGGAGACUACAAUACUUGGUUCUUCGAUGAUAUUGACCUGUUACGGCAACGUUGGCGUUCCGAAAAUAUGGAGACUGUUGCAGAACUGUUAAUUGAUUUCUUCCGGUACUAUUCUCGCGACUUCUUGUACAAUACGGGCGUGGCUUCCAUUCGGGCCGGACUUAUAAAAAAGGACAGCAAGGGAUGGCAAAACGAUCUCUCUGCCGGGCGUUUCAACGAUGCACGAGAACGAAAUCGAUUUUGUAUUGAGGAUCCUUUCGAAACCGAUUUUAACGUGGCUAGAUGUGUCACCAAGGAUGGCUUAUAUACAAUCCGCGGUGAAUUCAUGCGAGCAUCAAGAGUCCUUGCCGCACGCCCAGAACGUGCUAUUCUGGCUCUCGCCGAGCUUUGUGAGGAGCGCAAAGAUGAAGACUUAGUUUCAGCGCCAGCCCCUCGAUUAUCGAACCUUCCUCCGCAGACUCCAUAUAGUGUUGGAAGUCAGUCCAUGCGACCGAAAGGCGGUUCUGAUCGGUUUUCCCCGCCAACGCAUUUCUCGGAGCCGAGUGGUCGAUCUCCGCCAGUUGUAAUCCGACCUCCUCCAGAGCAUAUGGCACCCAAACGAGGGAAAUGGACCAGCCCUCCUCCACCGGAGGCGCCAUCUGCGGAUCACACCCUUUUCGAAAACCAACUCGAAAACGGGCUUUCGUUGGCGACCGCGUCUACAGAAGCGCGCGAACGGGAGGAGGCACAGAAUGACUCUUCCAGUGAAGUCCUCACCGAUGAAGAUCGCUCUGACGCUACCGAGUCUGACGAUGUUCGAUCGGUUCGCUCUUACACUGAAGGAUCGAUCUCCAAUCAUGGUGUCCGUCGAUCGCCUUGGAUGCCGCCGUCGAGACUGGGUCCUGUCCAUCUCGACUCUGGUGCCGAUGCCUCAUCCAAACUUAUAGCAGGCGCACGGGGACGGUUUCACCGUCUGGAGCGCUUGAGUGAAUCUUCACCCACAUCUUCGAAAGUCACGCUUGAUAACUUUUCUGCCGGACCCAAGACUGAUCCUUCUAAACGGUCUUCGUCCGCACGACCACUGAGAGGCUCUCUCUGGUCAUCUGCGGCCUUAACCUCUCCAAUUCCAUCCUCUCCUGACUCUCCAGUUGACCGACAUCUUUCAGAUUCCACUACUGUGUAUUAUCAAACCGGCACGACCAGAUCGCCUCGUCCAAAUGUUCUAUACCCCCCUCUCGGAUCACAUUCGCCUUUGCUUUCGCAAUACCAGCAGCAUAAUCAAUAUUACAUGGCAUCUAUUCCGCAUGAUAUUUAUUCUUCCAGCCUCCCGCCUUUGUUAUCAUCUGUACAUUCGUCAAGCGGCAUUGCUAUUCCUUACGAGGAUGAAAGGACUCAUGGCAAGUCCUCAGGAGGUCUGGAUACCCCAACUCCAUCGACCGCAAAUACCAAAUCGCAUGCACAUUCGCAUUCGACUUCGACUAUCACUGCGUCCACGCCGCCUUCUCACAUUUCUACGUUUCCCCACACUACUGUAGUCCAUAGUUCUCCCACCAUUUCUUCUAAAACCGCCUCCUCACGACCACCCCCGCAAUCCCUCAAGACACUUUCUCCGAGGAUCAAUACUGAUGGCGAAGAUGUUUGCUCGAACUCGAACGGCAGCUCGCCGACUUCCUCUUCGACCGGAUAUGAUGCGUCAGGAUCGCGGUCGCCGUCACCGCAAGAUCCAUCUACACCGUUAUCACCACCACUAACCGCCCCAUCAAUACCGGACUGUGUUUCACCGACACAUUCGCACCUGAUAUCUGACGGUGCAAGCUUAGCCGCUAAAUUAUCUGACCUGCAAGGGGACCACACUGAUAAUACUGACACCGAUAAGCCUGUUGUCGAGAAACGAUAGCAUCCAUUCAUUCCAUCGCCAUUUCGCUACCAUCCUGUUGCUCUCAGCAGCCAGUCUUUCCUUUGUGGUGCGAAAACAAGCCAACCAACAUCCUUGAAUAUAUACGGUAUAUUUCUGACGCCGUCCCCAUCCAUGAUCCAUUAUGGCCAGUGCUAUGUCUGCCACCUUUUCCUUUUCUUAUUCCUGCUACCCUAUUCCGUGCACCAUGCAGUAUUACUAGUAGAAUUUCGUAGCCUCAGGCAUGCUCUGCUUUUUGAUAUUUGGAUUUCUCAUGUAACCAUAA